AUGUGUGACAUCAUGUUAAAGCUGUCACCUAGGUCAAUCAUUCGUUGCAGUUGCGUUUGCACUUCUCUCAGAAACCUCGUUACUGAUUCACGCUUCCAACACCUCUUCUCUUCACAAGCCCCAACCUCAGUUGUUGUUUUCUCACCCAUUCAGCGUCUCCUCUGCCUUCUUUCCUCUCCGCUUUCUAAUCAUGCCUCCUCCUAUUCUUAUUCCUCUUCCCCUUCCUCUCGUUUCGCUUUCCAAUCUUCUUCAUCGACCUGUUCCUGUUGUCCUAGCGCAAUUGAUCCAAUUCCCCCCAAUCACAUCCAUAACCAUAACCAUAACCAUAACCAUAACCAGGGUAUUGCUAUUGCUACUGCUACUGCUACUGCUACUGUUACUGACUGUGACAGAAGAAGGUUCAUUACACUCCCGCCCCUCCUCCUACCUAUGACUUUGGUCAACUCUAGCAAUGGCCUUUUAUGUUUACGUGCUUCUCCUUCUCUUUACUAUAUCUGCAACCCAUUGUUGGGUGAGAUUCUGUGUCUUCCCCCUGCCCCAAUUGCUCCUCAUGAAUAUCUUCAAUUUUCUGCUUUUGGCUUUGAUCCCCACACCAAGCACUGCAAAAUCCUUCAUCUGGUGUUGAAAUCGAAUACAAUGGUGGCUAAAUUGUACCAAUUAGGGGAUGAGACGUGGAGUGUGAUUGAGAAUGCUUCUUCCGCCAGGCCUAAUAGUGUAUUUGAUCCAUCACUCAAUGGUGCUCUUCAUUGGAUCACCGAUGCCCCCCAUGUUUCUGAAUUGAUAUGCUCCUUUGACCUGCAAAGCAACGAGUUCAAAUCGGUGGCACCACCGUCCCACUUUGAUGUUGGGUAUGUGAAUAAAAUCUCGGGCCUCUGUGUUGGAGUGUUAAAAGGUUGCUUGUGUUUGUGUUAUGUGAAUGAGGGUGCACGGUUUGAGACGUGGUUGAUGGAAGAGUACGGGGUUAAGGAGUCUUGGACUGUGGCAUUUAGUAUUGACAUCCACUCUUAUUGUGGAUUGAGGCUCGACAAUGAGCAUGCGCCAAUUGGAUUUACCAGUUCUGGGGAUAUGUGGUUCGUAGCUGAUUCUGAUUCCGGUUCCCAUUGUCUAGUCUCCUAUACUGCUGAAACAGGUGCCUUUAAAAUCAUUGAUAUUGGAGGCAUUACUUUAAAGAUUGAAGCCGCACCUCAUGUUUCGAGCUUUGUUUCGCUUAAGGACAUUAUUAAUGGCAGGGAUACACAUCUCCCAUUCCAUAUGGUAAAACUAAACAAAACUGAUGCCUUUGGAUUCAAUAGUUUUGAUGCUUUUUGAUACUUAGAACUAGCGCAAUCAGCAAUAAAUUUCUUGCAUUUCUAUUAUUAUUAUUAUAGUUCUACUCGCUUUGAGAAGCUCUAGUAUUAUGUCCUGCUCCCUCUUUCACACAAGCUAUGGAAUUUAU